AUGGCUUUCCCCUGGGGCCCCCCCCCUUUGGGGGCCCCUUUUUGGGGUGGUAAAUACCUUUUUUUUUUUUUAGGGGGCGCCCCCCCCCCGGGGUUUCCCCUUUUUUGGGGGCCCCCCCUUUUUGUGUUUUUUUUUGGGCCCCCCCCCCCCCCCCAGCCCCCAUUUGGGCCCCCAUUUUCCAACUUUUUUCCCCCCUUUUCUGGGUUGGCUUUUUCCUCAACCCCUCCCCGGUUUUCCCCCCGGCGCUUUUUUCCCCUUUUUUGGGCCCCCCCCCUUUUGGGGGCCCCUUUUUUUUUUCCCCUUCUUUUUAAAAGGGGGUUUCCCCACCCCCCCCAGGUUCUUCACCCCCCCUUUUCCUUUUCCGAAUUUGGGGCCCCCCUUGCGGGGGCCUGGGCCCCCCCCCCUUUUUCCUUCCCCAUUCGGAUCCACCUUUUUCCCUUUCCCGGCCCCGGGGUUUUUUUCCCCCCCUUUUUCCUCGCUUUUUUUUCUUUCCCCUUCUUUUCCCCCCCCCCCCUGGGCCCCCUUUUCCCUUUUGACGGCCUUUUUCCCUUUGUGAAACGUGCCUCAAACCCCCCGGCCCCGGUCUUUCCCUUUUUUAAAAAAAAAGGGGGGGUUUUCCCACCUUACGAAUCCUUUUCCCGGGCUCCACCUAAUUUCGCGGGGUUCGUUGGUUUCCUCGGGAAAUUCCCCCGCCCCAACUCCCCUGCCUUUAAAAGGACCCCCGGUCCACCCUUUUGGGGUCCCAAAAAACCCCCCCUUUCUUCUUCCCCCCCUGUCAUUUUCUUUCCACUUUGA